CCGCAGGAACAAGGGCUUUUAGAAGAAAUAGGCGAAGUGGUUCAAAACGGCGUCGUAAUAGUGUAAAGACACAUGGAAGUUCAUAAUUUUAGGUUUAAUCUUCUGUGAAGACGAGGAAGAAGACAGUGGAAGAAAGCAUCACAUUAACACAUUCUCCAGAAGAAGAAUGUGGACGCGGAUACUUGCACGAGCAACACGUUCCGUAGCUGGUGCUCGCAACUGCUCAUCAAUUCACCAACGCAUCUCUAACCCUAUCUUUUUCAAAAUCCCCAAAUCAAGUUUCCCUCAAAUUCUCAACAACCCUCGAUUUUUCGCCACCGAUUCCACGCUCACCGUCGAUGAUGAGCUCCCACAGCUCUCACCGGAUUCUUCAGAAAACGGCGGUGACAGACAGCGCGUAGACGAAGGAGACACUUAUGUAGAAGAAGACACUUAUGUAGAAGGAGACACGUACGAGAUUGACGUGGACAAGUUGGAGAGUGUGCUACGUCUUCUUCAAACGAGUGCUGAUGGGUCCUUUGGGUCGUGUUUGAAUGACAUGGAUUUGACUCUGCAUCAGCAAUUGGUGACAAAAGUAAUCGAAAAUCCGCUUGUUUUGGGUGAGAAUCUGAUAAGGUUUUUCAGAUGGGCAUGGAGUGAGAGAUCAUUGGAGGUGACCACCCCAAUGGUGGAGUCUCUUGUUUUGGCAAUAUGUGGAAAUGAUGUGAGGAAGAAAGAGGCGUACUCGCUGUGGGAUUUGGUUAAGGAGAUUGGAGAGAAGGAGAGUGGAAUCCUCAAUGUGAGGAUUCUCAACGAUUUGAUACUUUGCUUCUCGAGGUUGGUGAAAGGGAAAGCUGCAUUGGAGGUGUUUGAUAAAUUUGAGGCCUUUCAGUGUGUGCCGGAUGCAGACACGUAUUACAUCACAAUCGAGGCGCUUUGUCGGCGGCGUGCUUAUGAUUGGGCUUGUGGGGUUUGUGAGAAGAUGGUUGAUGCACAGGCGUUGCCUGAUGGCGAGAAAGUUGGUGUCAUUUUGUCUUGGUUGUGUAAGGGCAAGAAGGCUAAGGAGGCCCAUGGAGUGUAUGUGGUGGCAAUGGAGAAAGGGAAACGGCCACCGAUGAGUACGGUUAGCUUUUUGGCUGGCAAGCUCUGUGGAGAAGAUGAAACUGUGAAAUGGGCUUUGGAUAUGUUGGAGGAUAUCCCUGAGGAGAACAGGGAGCGUGCAAUAAAGCCGUUUAUGGCGGUUGUUCGGGCAUUGUGUAGGAUUAAGGAAGUUGAUAAAGCCAAGGAGUUAUUGGUGAAGAUGAUUAAGGAUGGGCCGCCGCCUGGGAAUGAUAUUUUCAAUUUCAUUGUCACAGCUUAUUCAAAGGCUGGUGAAAUUGGGAAAGCUGUGGAGACCAUGAAGCUGAUGGAAAGUAGGGGUUUGCGACCGGAUGUGUACACUUAUACUUCUCUUGCUAGUGGUUAUUCAAAUGGUGGGGAGAUGGAAGAGGCUCGGAAAAUCUUGGCAGAAGCGAAAGAGAAGCAUGUUAAGUUGGGCCCCGUAAUGUUUCACACCCUGAUUCGUGGAUAUUGCAAGUUGGAACGGUUUGAUGAGGCUUUGAAUUUAUUCUCAGAGAUGAAAAAUUAUGGCGUUCGCCCCAAUGUGGAUGAGUAUGAGAAGUUGAUACAGUCUCUCUGCUUGAAGGCUUUGGAUUGGGAAACGGCGGAAAAGCUACUUGAGGAAAUGAAAGAGAAUGGUUUGCAUCUCAAGGGCAUCACGAGGGGUUUGAUUAGAUCUGUGAAGGAGUUGGAGAAGGAGAUUGUGGAGGGUGAGAGCAUUACUGCAGUGGCGUAAACAUAGUUCACUGUUUCAGGUUAUGUGAGUGGCCGGGUAGUUGUAACUCUUUUUUUUUGUUAUUAUUAGCAUACUAUUUUGAUCGGAAGUUGCAGUCUCAAAGCAAAAAUAAUUGAGAGGAGAAAAUUUUAGAAGUGAUUGUUGAUGUGUUUGAUGUUUUUAAUCUGCUCUUUUUAUUUAUCGUUUUAUAAUAUUGAAUUGAGUUGGCCA